AGAACUCGACAAGUGUGUGCUAUUUAUCACAAAUUAAUUAAUGAGGGAGAAAAGUCAAUGAUUCUUGAAAUAGUGAACAUAGGUUAUACUAUUAAUGAUAUUGAGGCAUUACCGUGCGGUCUUGCACUUCCUUUACGUGAAGCUAUAAGGAAAUGUCGAGAAGAUCCUCCAAGCGAUUGGCCUGGAGAAGCCUAUAUACUUGUUGGUCGAGAAGACUUAGCUGAAUUAACGUUUGGAAUGCCGAUUGGUUAUAUACAUGCCCGUGGUAACAGAAUGGAAAUGAAACCAAAAAAUAUUAUGCAAAUUGUUGAAUCGACAAUACCUCCGAUUUCACCACAAGAUCAGAAUGAAGAUAUUAAUGGAACAGAGAUAUCAAAUCAUGAAAUAACAGAUCUAAGGUUUGGCAAUGAUAAACGAUUGCUAGAAGUACAAAAGCUUUUACAAUCUUGUAAUACUAUCAAAGUUGACAUUCCUACAGUAGAUUUAAGCCAAAAUGACGAAAAUUCGCCACAGAUUCUUGAACGUGUUCAAAUUCAAUGCUUGAAAAAUUUUUCGCAUCCAGUUGGCCGUGCAGUCUUAACUUAUAGCACUGUUACACCAAUAGCCACGGAACCUUUUCCGAUUCCUGGAUUAAGUUUGGCAAUCAAAGUUUUGCCUUUCAACACUCUUGUUCAAGUUGAGCGGGCACUUCGACUACCAGAAUCUGCAGAAUGGCCAGAGUUUCAUGAUGGUGUAGCAUCGGGUUUAAGAAUUCCUUCAACCAUUGACAUCGAAGGGUCAUGGAUUUCUCUUAACAAGCCCAAGGAAUUAACAAAUAGCCAUGCCGGAUUUCUUUUGGGAUUAGGAUUGAAUGGUCAUUUGAAGUCUAUGGCAACAUGGCAAGCAGUCGAAUAUUUGAUGAAGACACCUAAACAUGAUAUUACAACCAUUGCUUUAGUACUUGGUCUACCAGCUUCUUAUAUUGGAACGAUGAAUGCUGAAAUUAUGAAAUUUAUAGCUGUUCAUGUUACUGCUAUGUUCCCACCAAAAUCUACUAGUUUGAAUGUAUCACCUUUGAUUCAAACAGCGUCUAUUCUUGGCUGUGGAUUACUCUAUAUGGGAACAUGUGAUCGAUACAUGUCUCAGGUGAUGUUAUCUGAAAUUUCGACCAAAGCUUUAAAAAUGUCAGAUAGUUCUGAAACUGAUUUUACAGAAGGUUACUCACUUGCUGCUGGAUUAGCACUUGGAUUCAUAAAUUUGGGUCAAGGUGAUAGUACGCGUGCGUCUAUUGACCUUGAUUUGCUCAAAGAAUUAAGAUUAUAUAUUUCUGGUGAUAAGUAUACAACAAAAAAAUUAUCAACAUCAACGCAUAAUACGAAUGUUAGGGCUGAUAACAUUAACAUUAACAUUACAUCACCAGGAGCGACGAUAGCUCUUGGAUUAUUAUAUUUGAAAAGCAAUAAUGCUAGUGUUGCAAACAAAAUUCCUAUUCCUGAAACCGAAUUUUUUUUGGAUUAUGUACGACCAGAUUUUCUUUUGAUCCGAACACUUGCAAGAAAUUUGAUAAUGUGGGAUAAUAUUCAAUCUACAAAAGAAUGGGUUGAAAGUCAUGUACCUCAAUAUAUAAAAUCAAAGUUGACACCUAACCCUGAUAUCAAUUAUGAAAAUAUUGAAUCUAUUAAGAGAUCAUAUUAUUAUAUAUUAUCAGGAGCUUGUUUCAGUAUGGCACUUAAAUAUGCUGGAUCUGAUGAUAAAAAGGCCCUUAAAUGUUUACUUUCUUAUCUCGAUUUAUUUAUUGGAUUAGAGAGUACAAGAACAAGAGCAUCAACGUUUGAUGAAAAUAUUACAAUGUCGGCUAUCAAAUCUUGUUUGAACGUUUUAUCUAUGAGCGUUUCAAUAGUUGCUGCAGGUAGCGGAAAUUUAGAAGUUUUACGAAGAAUACGUAAACUUCAUCGACAAGAAGUUGAUACUAGUAAUUCAAGUACUAUUUCACAUUCAUAUGGAACACAUAUGGUAACGAGUAUGGCAUUAGGAUUCUUAUUUCUUGGAGGAGGAAAUUCUACACUUUCAACGUCUAAUAAAGCGAUAGCAGGAUUAGUUUGUGCAUUAUUUCCAAGAUAUCCAAUUGAGCCAUAUGAUAAUAGGGCACAUUUGCAAGCUUUUAGACACUUGUGGGUAUUGGCGGUUGAACCAAGAUGUUUAGUUUUAAGGGAUAUUGAGACUAGGGAGGCUUGUCACGUUCCUGUAAAACUUGUAUUUAAAGAUUAUUAUAAUGCUAUAAAAGUAAUAAGAGAUGAUGAUAGAAAAGAAAUUUUAGUUGAUAGUAAAAGCAAAGUAAUAGUUGCACCUUGCUUGUUACCUGAAUCAAAUUUUAUUCAAACAAUUGAAAUUGAUAGCCCAAGAUAUUGGCCUAUAAAAUUGGAAUUUGGAAAAAAUAUAGAAUUUGAUCGCAAAUUUUGGAAAGAUCCAACUAUAUAUACAAAAAGAAAGAUUGGACAUCUAACGUAUACAGAGGAUCCUCAAGGUCUACGUAAUUUACUCACGCGUAUUUUUCCUGAUGGUAAAUCAUUGGUGGAUACUAGAAAUCAAGCAACUUUUAGGCGACAAAAUCUUGAUUUUAUUAGAAUUUUUUCAUCUGAUCCGCAAGUACAAGCAUUUACACGAUACCUUUGUGAAGAUUUUAAUGCUAAUGAUGGUGGACAAGCAUUAUCAGCAUUCUGUACAGGAAUCCUUUCAGAAUGCUUGAAUGAAGAUAAAGUGGAGGCGAUUCAAAUUUAUCAAAAGCUUUAUCAAAUUCAACAAGACAUGGAGGGAAUUAAUGAGAUGGAUUUAUGGAAUGUUAUGUUAGUUCUUGAGUAUUAUGAAAACAUACCAGAAAUAAUAUAUCGCAAUGAGGAUAAUACAGAAAAACAUCAAAAAAACAAGAAUCGAUUAACUGAGAAGAUGCUUAUUAAGAAAGAAUUUAUAGCAUCUUUAAGGCGUAUAAUGGAGAGAUAUUUCGAAAUUUCUUUUGAUACUUUUAUAUUUUUUCUAAUUCAAUAUUCAUCGACAUCAAGCACAGCCGACACAAAUACCAGUCAAGUACAAAGAUAUUUUUCAAAAAUCUUAUAUUCCUAUUUUACGAAUACAGAAUUUCCACCUGCCGAACAACUUGGAGGAGAAGAGAGUAAAAGGAAAUUAUUGCAAUAUUUAGCGACAUGGCUUAUUUAUCAUGAGAUACCAGAUAAAUAUAUAUUAUUAGAUUCUAUGAAAUAUGUUAGAGAAUUAAAAGAAAAAUUAAGCAUUGAAAUGAUUCAAGGUGAAAUAACAAAAGAUGAUGUAGUAUUUCAAAUACUUUCAACGUUUUGGCCGAACCUUUCUAUAAAUACAUUAAAGAUUAUACAAUAUUGUUUGAACUAA